AUGGACGCUACUAAUAACUACCCACCCGCAUCUGAACAGGAGGAUGACGAAGAGAUAUCCCGAGUUCUCGAAGAGAGUAUGUGGGACUAUCACCAGAGCUUGAAUACGACCUUGCUCGCAUCGUUUGACGAGGAUGACGGUGAUGUCCCACAAAUCCCUUCCACCCUAGAGCCGUCCUUGUCUGUUAGCGAGGAAAUACGUACUGCGACCACCACUGCUUUGCUAAAGCGAGAGCGCACCGAGACCAGCACUACGGUGGAUGUCGUUGGAAUUCGUGAUCGCAUAUUCACCUGUGGUAUAUGCGUUGCCGUGUCGGAGACGGUAACUACCACAUCGUGCUGUGUGUUUACCAUGUGUCACGCGUGCUUGGAACAACUGACCCGAAACGUUUGCCCCAACUGCCGAGCGGACCGACCAGUGCUAGUCCCUAAUCCGAUGGCUAGGAAUCUACUACAG